AUUAUUCCAUAGUGAUCAGCUCAGUGCAGUGGGAUUGCUACUAUGAGUAGUUCUAGUGAGGGCUUGUAGGAAAAGGCAGUCACUUUUCAGCUCAGAUUUUCCUUUUUUUUUUUUUUUGGGGAGCUGUCUUCUGAUCUAACCCAGAUGAGUUCCUAUUUUGUAAAUCCGCUCUACUCCAAAUACAAAGCAGGAGAAGCUAUAAAUCCGGCUUACUACGACUGUCAUUUUGCCCAAGAUGUUAGCAGCAGGCACCCUCUGGUGUUUAGUGGCAGCCCAGGUCUGCAGCACCCCAAUCAGGAUCUCUACCAUCCGGGGAACCCAGCAGCCAUCCCGAGCCCCGCAGGCUAUCAGCAGGCUCCUUGUGGGAUUACGUGUCAUGGUGACCCCACUAAAUUUUACGGAUACGAUAACUUACAGAGACAGCAGAUUUUUACGACACAUCAAGAGGCCGAGCUGGUCCAAUAUCCUGACUGUAAAUCGUCCAGUGGUAAUAUUGGAGAGGAUCCAGAGCACUUAAAUCAGAACUCUUCUGCUUCUCAAAUGUUCCCCUGGAUGAGACCACAAGUAGCCCCUGGGAGAAGGAGAGGAAGACAAACCUACAGUAGAUUCCAAACGCUGGAGCUGGAGAAAGAAUUCCUGUUUAACCCUUACUUGACCAGGAAGAGAAGGAUCGAGGUGUCUCAUGCCCUGGGACUGACUGAAAGGCAGGUGAAAAUUUGGUUUCAAAACCGAAGGAUGAAAUGGAAAAAGGAAAACAACAAGGAAAAAUUCCCAAUCUCCCCCCAUGAGGGGAAGGAAGAUACCAAGGCAGAAGAAAGUAUGGUGGAAGAGGACCGAGGAGGAGAUACCAACUGACUUCCUAAUGAGACAUGUCAUAGACUACUUUCAUGGAAGGGAUGAGUAGUUGAGUCAGCCAUGCACAUACUAACAAAGCACAAAGCA